ACCGGACUCACGCCAUGUCAAGUUGUAACGGCAGCUGGGGAGGGCGAAGUGACGUCUGUCUCACCCAGAUCUAAAUCUGUCGGGCCGGAGGGAGGGCUUGCAGUCAGCCUCGCACUCCGAGCACCCUCAACUUAGUUUCCUCCGUCUGUGUCCCCCCUCAUUGGACUCUGAGCCAGCCGGAACAGCUUUUGGAAGAAUUCAAAGGGAUUUUCAAUUAUUUUUUUUUUCCUUUCUUCAAAUAAUUUUAGGAUUAACUCGCAAGCAGGAUCCAUCUUGUUUUCAUGGCAGCGGAAUCUGCCGCCGACACUUUGAAUGUACAGCAAUGACUGAAGCAGAAGUGAGGUCGUCCGCCAGCACCACCACGAUGGUCAUCGACGGCAAGACCGUCGACGCCGGCUCGCCGCCCGCCGGCGGAUCCAAGCGGACUUUCGCCGAUGACUUUUACUUGACGUUCAGCUCUCCGCUGGCAUGGAUCCUCGUGACGGCACUCGUGGUCACUUGGUCGUGCGUUUUCGUCAUCAUGUUCGACUUGGCUGACUACAAAACCAUCUCAGGAGGCCUCGGCAGGAUUGGCUCGGACCCGACCAAGGCUGUAAACGAUGUGGUGGAUAGAGCCACAAACGCGUUCCACGCCAUGUUGAAGUUUGCCGCCAGCCUGGUUGCCCCCGACGAAGAUGAUGGAAAUCUCUAUGCUGUGAGGAAAAAAGGGGAGUUUCUACCAUCCCGACGUAAAGUCAUCAAGAUGCAAGCGAAGAAGUCACGGCCAGCGGUUGAAGUGGUCCACGAGGAUGAAGAAGAGGAAGAGGAGGAUGAGGGCUAUGAGGAGGAGGAGGAGGAUGAGAAGGAUGAAGAGACAUCUGACGGGGAAGAUGAGGAGGAGGAAGAUUAUGAGGAGGAAGAAGAGGCAGCUGAUGCGGAAGAUGAAGAGGAGGAUGAUGUGGUGGAUGAAGGAGUUGAUGAUGAUGAGGAGGAGGAGGAGGGAAGUGAAUCAGCUGAAGAUGAGGUGAAGGAAGAAGAAGAGGAGGAAGAUGCAGUCGGUGAAGGAGUUGAUGCCGAUCAUGAGGAGGAGGAAGACAAUCGGGAUGAAGCAGCUGCAGAUGAAGUGGAUGACGACGAGAAGAAGGUGGCUCCUGCUGAGGAGGAGGAGGAAGAGAAGUGGGAGGGAGCUAAAGCCACUGUAGAGAGGAAGGAGGAAGAGGAGCAGGAAGUCACUGCUACCGCUGAAGAUGAAGCCUCCGAACCUGAAGAUGAAGAGGGGGAGGAAAUAGCUGCUCAGGAUGAAGAUGAGGCCGCCACACCUGAGACUGAUGAAGAUGACGAAGAGGAGGAGCAGGCAUUGGCUGCUGAGGAUGAAGAUGAAGCGGAUGAGGCGGCAACACCUGAUAGUGACGAAGAUGAUGACACCACAGAGGAUGACGAAAGAGAAGACAUUGCCAAUGAAGUUAAGGCGGAGGAGAAGGAGGACAGCGAUGAAGAUAUCGCAAAGGAUGAUGAAGACCAGGCAUUGGCUGACUCCUCAGAUCCUUUGCUUCCUUCCAGUGAGGAAGACGAAGAUGACCACCGUGCUUCUGUCGCCGAUGAAGGUGACGAUGAAGAUGAAGACCUCAGCCAAUCAGACCGCACCGGUGACCACAAACCCAACCGUGUCACCGGUGACGAGGAAGCCAUCCAGGACGAAGACCUCGGCCGCCUUGAUUUCGGCCAAUCGGAGGGCUUCGACGACCACAAACCCGAUGAUGUCACAGAUGACGAGGAGCAGAAAGCUGAAGGAAUUGCAUCGCCUCCCUUGGAUGAAGACGACGAGGACAAUGAGGAUGCCGCAUUACCCCCAAUGACCUUUGGUGAGGAAGAUGAGCUCGAAGAUGACAUCGCAUCAGAGCCUCAGCAGGACGGCGAUGAGGAAGACGACGAUGAGGAGGUUGAAGAUAAUUCGCUGUCAGUCGCCGUUCCGCACGUGGCUGUGGAGGAGCUCAGCCCCCACAAAGCAGAGGAAGAGGAGAAGGAUGAUGACGAAGAGGAGAAGGUGACAAAGGCAGAAGCUAAAGCGCCUGGAGGUCAGCGAGGAGACGUGGCGACAAUGCCACCGUGUCCCUGCACAAGCUCAGCAAAGACGCGAGCGUCUGGCGUGACAAGUGCCAAGAAGAAAGAAUCGAAACCAGUGAAGAUCACAGAAAAACCAAAAAGAACAGCUCUUCCCAGGAUUGCUACCCUGGAGCCCAAAUUGAGACGGAUCAGGAGGAUUCCGACACUUUUCAAAACCAAGAAAGAAGAAAAGAGUAAAAAGGCCAAAAGAGAAGCACCUGCUGAGAAGGAGAGUCCAAAACCAGCACAAGUGCCCGAACCAGUGCAAGACGUUGGUGCUUGCAGACCGGCACCGGUCUACUGUCCGUCCCCGCCCGGCUGGUAUGUUCAUCAGAUCAUGACCGACACCCCGUACCCGCCUCCGACCGGCUCAGGUUCUUCUGCUCCGGUUCUGACCGCUCAUCCCAUCCACUCGCCACCGCUUUACCAUGCGCACCCGAUGAUGGCGCCACUCUACCCGCACUACCAGCACUAUGCACAGCUCGUGCCACCUGUCAUGCAGCCACCACCUGAACCAGUCCAGCCAUUCAAACCAGUCCAGCCUGUACAACCAGUAGAAACAGUCCAGCCAGUUCAACCAACCGAACCUGACCGGCCUAUCCAACUUGUACAGCAAGUAGAACCAGUCCAACCAGCUGAACCGGUCCAGCUGGUGGAAACCGUCCGACCUGAAACCACAGAACAAGCACCGCCCACUCAGCCCGAAGUCAAGAAAGAAGAGAAAGCAGAACUAGAAGCAAAAGCUGAAUCUGAGGAUGUCGAAGAAGAUGUGAUGGUAUCAUCUGCAAAGAAAGAAGCCAAGAAGAAAAAGAUAACGAAGACUGAGGAUGACAAAGAUGAUGGCGAGCUCAAAAAAGACAAAGCUGUGUCUGCAAAGACAGCUGUAAAAGCGCAAAGCAAGAGUGCUGCCAAUCCCCCAAAGAGAGAAGCCACAGAGGCAAGGCGGAAGAGAAGCUCCACAUCUGCUUCAAAGACAGAUGAUGUCAAGGGCAAAAGCAGGAUUUCCUCCCCUACAGCCAAAAGAGCAGGUCCAAGUCAAAGUCCCAAGACAGCAGAAGCACCACUUCAGCCAAGCAGGCUGAGGGGCGGACUGCCAGACACGUUGACGACAAAUGUGACCGACGGGCAUGGCAAAUCUUCAACGUCGCAAACACCCAAGACAAGAACAAUGUUACUGAAAAGCAAAGCCAAUCGGGCUGAGGAAAAGGAAAGGUCCUCGAAGGACACUAUAGACAGAAAAGAUAAAGAACAACACCAAGCCAAAAAGACAGACGAUCAAACUGAAAAAAAGAAGAAAUCAGGUCAAAGAUACUUCCAGUGUGUUUAUGUACCCGGAAAAAAUGCGCAGUACCCCUUGCGACCCUUCAGCCCAGCGAUGCCACCCGCCCUCAAGUCCCUACUGGAGCAGCAGAGGGCGCCCAAAACAUCGGGGCAGUAGGGCAGCUACUAUCGCAACCUACCAAGACGUCGCACAGGGGACUUGUUUCCAUGCAGAGCAACAAGGACUGAAAUAUUGACAUGUAUUUAUUUAUUUUUUUACCAACAAGGCUGAGCUCCUGGGGUCUGUUACUCAAAACAAAAAACAAACAAAAACCAAAUAUAAAACAAAUACAACUGAAGGGCUACCAAUAGUUUUCUUUAUGGGGCUGCAUCACUUGUUGCUAGGCACAAUUUAUAUGACAAAUGUCUAAAAAAUUGUUUCGACAUGUGGCAGACAACCAAAAUAUCCCGCAGAGUAGAUCAAGGACAGGGAGGGCUAGCAUAUACAAACAUAUAGGCAAUUUCGAAUGCAUUCUAAAAAAAAGUUCUAAAAAGAAAACACAAUUGAAAUGCAUUUGCUUUCAAACAAUUACCUGAAGUCAUUUUCUCGAGUCAUGUGACACAUUUGUUGCUAGGCAGAAUUCAGAGGGCGCAAAUCCAUCAUUUUGAAAGCAUGAAAAUCUGAAGCAUAAUCAUCUUGAAAGCACACAUCCCAAACAAAUUGUAAGGAAAGUGAGCUUUUUCCCCUGCAACUGCAGCACCAUCUGCUGGAUCUGAUGGGGCAUUGCACCGUUUGCCCCGAAUACAAAACAUUAUACUUCAAUGUAGUGGUUCACUCUUUGUUUAUUUAAACUACUUUUUUAAUCUUAGUAGUUUGUGUCUAAAUGUUAGCAUUUCAAACCCCAGGAGCCCCGCCUCUUUUCACACCUGCGCCUUUGCCUCUGAACACAUGCUGACAAUGCUAAUAAUAGCUGGUCCUUGACAAAAUGUGGUCAUGAUCUAACAUUCAUCGGAGCCUAGAUAAUUACAUCUCAGCUAAUUCGCUAAAAUGUAACCUGAGCUACUUUUGAGUUAUCUGAGGUUCAAGCGAAAUAUUGCAUUAGUAUCAUGAGCAUCCUACGUGUGGAGACAGAAAGUGUGCGUUACCGUGACCAACUCCGGAGACCGAUCGUGUUUAUCAGUCAGGGCGAUCGAUGACCUCAUUUCUUCAACCGUACAUCAAAGCAGUACGUGCUGCCAUCUGUGCUACGAAGCUAGCGUUAAGCGUUGCACACGUCGGCUAUGGAUGUCUUACUUGAUGACGAACGAAAGAAAGCGAGUCUUCCGAGACUCGAUUCUGAAAUCAGAUUGGGUUAAAAAAAAAAAAAGUUCAGUGACCUCAUUGUGUUGGCACUUAGCAUACGUUAGCAUACGUUGCUACGGCUGAUACUACAGUUGCGCAUGGUCCGAGUCAUGUAGUUCAGAGCUGAAUUAGCCUCAGCUUUGAGUCUUAAGACGUGCGUGGACUUGAUGACAAAAAAAAUUUGACAAUUCAAAUUUAUCAAUUAGCAUGUUACUAUCUUUUAUCAGUCGACUCUACUUUAUCAGCAACGAGAGAGUUUGGUAAAUGUGCUAAAAAGGUUUUUAUUGUAUUUACAUUAUCAAGGUUGGUAUUAGCACCAGCUAAAUAAAUGCUACAUGCUAGUUGUUGCAUUUUUGUGGAAACCAAUUUGGGAUGAAGUUAUAACCUUUAUCGAGUUAGCAUGGAGCUAAAAAGCAUGAGUUAACCACUCAGCCACUCAGCUAACGAGCUAGGUCGCAGGUUUGUAGUUGUGAUGUUUCAUGUUGUUUGUAGGUCACAAAAGGUUUUGGGAAUUUGAGGGCUGUCCUGUCAACAUGGUUCCACAUUUGUUCUAUAAUAUUAAUUAUUGACAGUAAGGUUGGAGCCUGUGACGUGUGAAUUCAGAUGUGAAUACUUUUUGCUUUUAUUUAAUUUCAAGAGUUUAUACAAGUUUUGAGAGGAAGCAGGUUGUUGCACAAAGUUAUGUUCCUUAAAUAUGACUCACAAUCAUCACAAUUUAGUACACCUAAUAAUGUUGGUCAAUUUUCAUGAGGAAAAAAAGGCAUUGAAUGGUCAUAUUACAAAAUUAACUAACACGGUUGUUUUUUUGCCACUUAUUCACUGAAAAACAAGAUCGGUGAUGAAUUUGAAUAAAAUCAUAAUUGAAUUCAAAACCAUA